AUGACCAUCAAUUUUUUCAAAGGCGGCAACUAUCGUGAAAUACAAUACAAUAUCUCAUCAGACAAAGGAAGAUCGAUCACGGUACAAACACAGUUUGCGCCAUUGUUGAUAAACUACAGAGUAUACUACGUGAAAAUACAGCUUUUAGAACAAAUAAGUUGGCCUUCUCCUACCCUCAUUUACUCGACGCAAGCACCCGCGAGACGAUUGGCAACGCACAAAGACAAUACCAUAUACAACCGAAACGAACUGCGAAGCAGCCCAGCAGACGCAACAGUGACGGCAACGGAGAAGAGGAAUACAGCAUAUUCAGUUACACAAACGCAAUACUUGGUGCACGAAAACAGUCACUAUCCGCUUCAAGCUAAUACCAUUCUCAUGAAUAGUUCCCCUACCAAGUGGUCUGCACCUGGCCUUGGUGAACAAAAUACAUCCUGUUUCUUGGUUCACUCAAGUAUCACCAUUUCAAACUUGGCUACAAUCGAUUGCACUGAUCAACAAAUACUCGGCAAAUCGACAAACGAUAAGAUGGCGGCAGAUCAAGGGUUUGGAAGAGGCCCGCUUGAGGGGUCUAGACGGAGUUUGUCCACGUCAGGCCCUGGACCUAACGGUGAAGGCGAGACGAGACCAGAGAAGGAGACAACUAGAAAACCAUCAGCCGACGAAAAGGACGAGGACACGCAAUCAUCACAAGUCUUACCACGCGGGUAUGACAAUAUCUCUAAUGCACCAGCAACGGCGGCGGCACCGCUCUCACGAAACCCUUCAGAAAUGUCAACAACCUCAGCCACAUCAAGUCCAGGACCUGACAGCAGAAGGUCUCCUGCCCCAAGUCAACCACUUGAGCCCCCUGUCACAAAAUCAAGCCUUGGCGAGCUUGAGGUAUCCAAGAUCAUCAACAACCCCAAACUAAGGCACGACAUCAACUUCGACCCUGAACUACAUUUCAGACCUAAUGUCGAAGGUGACAAGGGCCGAAGAAAACACGACCGCGCCAGUAUCUUCUGGACAACCCUCAAGGAGGAGCUCCUUGAAUUCAUCGUGGACCGUGAUAGUUUCUACGCAAAACAUGGCACAGGUGACGACUGGUGCUUGCCAAAGCUUCUGAAGUCCGUGAAGGAGAUUAUUCAAACUUUGGUGCCACAGCGUGACCGUCAAUUUCUUGACGAGGGUCUCAACGUGGAACUUUUAAUGCAACAGUUUCACCGCGGAAUCGCUGAUCUGGAGAAGCUUGCUUCAUGGCUUUCACGAGUUCUCAAAUCUCACUGCGCACCAAUGCGAGAUGAGUGGGUUGACUCCAUGUACAAGCAGCUCAGCAACGGCAACAGCAACAACGAUGUCGAGGAGCUUGUCAACGGCAUGCGAAGUUUACUUAGCGUCCUCGAGGCGAUGAAGCUAGAUGUUGCAAACCACCAGAUUCGCUGUCUUCGACCGGCCCUCAUUGAAGAGACAACAGCCUUUGAGCAAAAGUUCUUGAUGAAGAAGCUGCGAAAUCGCAAGAUGGAUAUCGGUGACGCUAAGCCAUGGUAUCAGGAUGCUGCUAGAACAUAUCCUAGCAGCACUGGAAAAAUGUCGUCUCACUUUGGUGAUAUGGGUGUCUUUUUCGAAGGACUGUCUCGAUCGAUGCUCCCUUCCGCUGGCGAGAAGCCCUUGCCUGGCACCUUCUUCUUUGAUGAGGACCGCCUCGGACGUGCCAGAUCCGACAUUCUCGACGCUAUCAACUUGGAUGUCUGCAUGCGCAUGUAUGAAGACUUGGAGCGGGUUUCACGUCUCCAGUCACCCCCGGCUUGCCUCAGUGCUGUCCCGGACGAUCAUGAGUUCAACUUCAACACACCGCCCUCAGCAAACUCUCGACCUUCAAGUGUUGCACUAAGCUCUUCGGGCUCAAACUUCUCAUCACCACGGUCAUCCCUGGUCCUCCCUGCAUACUUGACUGCAGAUACCAAUGAGUCUAAGUCGAGGGCUCGAAAUCUUCGCGACACUCUAGUAGCAUUGCUUCAACAGGCGCCACAUGAUCUCCACUACCACGAGCGAUGGCGAGCAAUGGCUCCCUCUCUAGCUCUCCAGAUCUUCCGUUUCACCAACGCCCCCAUGGAUAUGCUUACUCGUUUCGAGGAGAAGUUGACCGAGAACGUGUGCCGCAUCUCGUCACCCAUUUACCAAGAGAUGGAGGAGGCGUACCGCAAUCGACUUGUUACCGAACUCGCCACGCGUGUACGCUACUUUAAGUCGCUGUCCGGUGUUUGCUUGUUUUCGAUUGCCACCGGUAACCGUGUGCCAGCUAGCAGCCGCAGUCUAGAUGCAGGACGAGACCGAGACUUGGAUGCAGCCAUCCGUAUGGGUCAACAGGAAGGUGGUAUUGAAGACAUUGCCACCCGUAUUGCUCAUGUUGGCGUUGUCCACUGGAGGAUAUGGGCUCGCAUGGCAUAUGUUGACGAGGAUGAUAUGUCUUUGGACUAA